AUGGUUCACGGAAGCCCGUUUGAAGAUUUCCAACGAAUUCUCUACUGGCAGCACAUUACUCUCAAGUUGCUUGGUUGUGACGUUUUUAAACCGAAUUUUCAUCGCUCUGCAGUCACUUAUUUUAUCAUAUUCUUGGCUGGAUUUUACAUGGUGAUAUCCUUCAUCGAUUUGUAUCUUUUCAAUGAUAACAUAUUCAAUUUCAUAUUUGUGCUCGUUACGUUUUCCUACGGUGUGAUUGGUUGUGGACGGCUAGGAUUCUUGAUUUCUCAAGCGACUACUGCUGCUAAGCUUGUGUCUGAAGCAAAGCAAACCUACAAGAACACUACCAGUGAUAAACUUGAGCAAGAGAUUCUCUUAAAAUACACGAAGCUGCUAAAGCGAUGCGUUUUGUUUUUCAGCAUCAUAUUUUUGGGUGGAGUUUUAAUGUGUGGGUUUUUGCCAUUGAUGGUUUUCUUACUGAAUGGUGAAAAAAUUCUCCCUUUUGGAGUGAUAAUCCCAUUAACAAAUCCAAACACGGAUGACGGUUAUCAGUUGAACUUUCUUUACCAGGUUAGUUGCAUGUUCUGGACACCACCUGGACUGACCGCUUCCCAGAAUGUGUACUUUGCAUUGGUAUUCAAUAUCUGUAUUCAGUAUGACUUAUUGGUAUUGAAGUUACAAGUUUUGGAUGAAAUGAUUGCAAGAAAUGAAAAAGGAGAGCUUGACAUGCAAGUGCGAGAAACAUUGGUUGAGAUAGUACAAAAUCAGCAACGACUAGCAGAUUUUAUCACAACAAUUGAAAACCUAUACGCAACACAAACGUUUGUGGAAGUCGGUAGCAAUGCCAUGCAGAUUGUCGUAACACUAUUUGUCCUUCAUAUUGAUGUGUGGUUGCCUGGAUAUAUGAUUAUCUUGAUAGCUUCUUUCCAACUGUUCCUGUCAUGUUUACUGGGAACGUUGAUUGAUGUCAAAAAUCAAUUAUUCACAGAGAAAAUAUACAACAUAUCAUGGCACGGAAUGAAAAACGCGGACCAGAAAACCCUGAAAUUCAUGCUGGCUCAGUCGCAACGACCAUUACAAUUGUCUUGUGGAAGAAUGACAACUCUUAAUAUGAAUUUGUUCUUGGCGGUGUACAAAAAAAUUUACUCGAUUUUCAUGAUGCUACAAAACAUUUAA